CCCGAGAUCUCAUCUUGCAACGAGAACAGAAUGCGGAAGUUAAGAAGUGAAAAAUAAUUGUCUACUAAAAUAAAGCUUUUAGUGCGACUCUGGCGUCUCCGGGAACUCUGGUUGACGCCCAAAGUUUUCAAUUGGAGAAGAGUAUCAAAAGAAUGACAGAAAUAUCACAUGUUUAACACUAACAGUACAGGCACAUUUGAUGCAAAACAUUUUCUGGAUAAACUAAACAGAGGUUACAAAUUAGACACACUGACAUUCUGUUGCAUUAUCCUGAUCUAUUAUAAAUAAACAGUCAUCACUCUAAUUGAUGUUAAUUGUAUCAGGUAUAUGUCAGCUAUCUUGGAUUUAAUGGCCUCAUAAAGGAAAUAUUAAACUCAUUGAUCAACUCUCUAAAUCUUGUUUAUAUUACACAAACAUUCAAAUACAGCCUGAAAGAAUAACUAAAUCGGGAAGUGAAUAUUUGAACAAGGAAGUUCCAACAAUUAAUAUUUUUAAGAAUACAGGUGCUAUACUUCACCAUGAUGCUCUUAAGCAAGGAGUGAUUAAACGUCGCUCAUUGAAGUGUAUGUACACAGUUAUAUUAAAGGAUAUUCUAUAUUACGAUGUUUAAAAAAGUAAAGGCAUUCAAAAUCAAAGGCAACAGUAGUGCUGCUGACAUUGGUGAUGACACAGUUGGAGGUGUCUUUCUUAAAACCUACCAACCUAUAGACAUAAAUAACAUUGGUAGCGCUGGUAGCAGUACGACUUCUGAUAGCGACACACAGGAGCAGCCUGAGGAAAAACCAAGGAAGAACUCAAAAGGCUCUUCCAUAUUUAAUACAUUGAAAAAACUAGGACGGAAAAAGAAGCAUAAAGAUAUUCCAUUUGAGGAUGCAUCUAACGCUAAAAACAAAAAGGAGAUUGAAAAUAAUAACGCAAAAUUGAAAGAGCAAAGCUCAGUUUUAAAGGAGGCACUAGAUAAAGAAACUAAAACUUCAAAUGAAAAUAUUAAUAACAAAGAUAAAGUAAAUGGCGUUGAGCAGAUCACUUCAGAUAAAGAUAGGCCCACAGAUAAUGUAAAUAUUGAAAAUGCCAAGGUCAAUAAUAAGGAAAAUGACAACAAAGGUGAAGUGGUUCUAACAGACAAUGGAGAUGAUCAAAGUAAACACGCUUUGACUGUUAAUACAGAUCAGAAAAGUGAAAUUAUAAUUGAUGAUGAUGACGACCCUGAUUAUGCUACAGUUGGGAGUCCAAAUGGAGGUGGAUUGACAUUUAAGCCUCAUUUGCCAAAAUCGCAGGAGUCCACAUCAAAAUCUACCAACUCUGGAUACGCUUCAGUAGGUGCUCCAAGUGCAAAUAUAGAUGUAGGCAAUAAUGUUUUUGAAGAUGAUGAAGAUGACACUUACGCCACUGUUGGUAGUCCAACAAUGGCUAAUGUUAUACAGAAACAACAGAUAGUACCUGAAAGUCCAGAUGAUCCUGACUAUGAUUCCAUCAGGAAGUCUUACAUGAUUGAGGCUACCCAACCUCUUAGUGCUAUUAACAAAUCAAAUGAUGAUGAUUCAGUAACUGAGAACGCCAGAUAUCUGGCCCAAGGUGCUAGGCCAAAGGUGUUUCCAACUGGCCAAAAUGACAAUUUCAAAAAUCCAGAUGUUGAAGUUAUCAACACUAAUAAACCACAAGAUGAGAUUAACAGAAACGAGGAUAUUAAAGAUACUCCUGCAACGAAAGAAAACCUAGAUGAUAUGUACAUUACGAAAGAGCAAGUGAAAGAAAUGAAACAAAAAAAUCAACAAAAUAAAAAAGACCCAAAGUUAGAUAUCCAAUUAGACAUUCCUUCUUACCAACCUGGCAAGUCUGUAGAGUAUGAAAUGACAAAGACAGAGCAAGAUGACAAAGAGAUUCCUAAAAACGAUAUUCCAUCUCCCGACCCGGCUGUCAAGACAUCCAAUCUUAUGUUACGGAACAUAGAUGUACCAUUUGAGUUAGAAGGCAUUUAUGAGUCAAUUAAACCAGCAUUACCAAAUAAAGGUUUCAAGACUGAACAUAACAUCAAGGUAAUAACAACAAAUACAAAUGAUCCACCAAAACCUGAUCAAAUUGAUGGUGCCCAACAACAAUCCACUCAAGAAGUGAAUAUUGAUUCAGAGGAAAACUCUGAUCCAAAAUCAGCCCAGGACAAACAACUUGAACCAACAACAGAAACAACCAGCUUGUUGUGUGUUUCUGAAGAUCAGCAUAAACCGCACCCAACACCACUUACAGUUGAGAUUCCGAGCAAUGAUGAGAUUGAUGAGGAACCUAUCCAUAUGUCCUUAGAGGAAGUGCGGGGUGAAAGUUUACCUGGUGCUGAUACCACUGAACUCAUUCAUGUCACCAUUGAGGAACUUAGGAAGAGUAAAGAGUAUAAGAAACUGCAAGAUAGCUUAAGGCCCAAUGAUGGGAGAGGUGAACCAGAUGGCGUCUCCACAACAACCAGUGUCCCUAUCAAUCAACGGAGAUUGCCUCCUACUCCCACUGUAUCUCCAAAGACAUCAACUUCAGAAGGUUUGAACCGUGUAUCAAAGGAGAAUGUUAUAGAAGACUUGCGCAAAUUGAAGGAUAUGGGCUGGUACUGGGGACCAUUAAGCUGGGAUGAUGCAGAAAUUAUCCUAGACAAGAAACCUGAUGGCUCAUUUCUGGUUCGGGAUAGCUCGGACGAGUGUCACAUUUUAAGCUUAAGCUUCCGAAAUCAAGGCUCUACUCAUCAUUCCAGGAUUGAUUACCACAAUGGGACAUAUGGAUUCUUCUCUCAACCUGCCUCUCACGGAUAUCACUCAAUCAUAGACUUUAUUGACUCCAUAAUCACGAACAGUGAUUGUGGACGCUUCCGCUAUUUCAUCCGCCAAUCAGCACCAGGCGUUGCACCCAUUCCCAUUUCUGCGCUUCACCCGGUAUCAAGGUUUAAAUACAUGAGAUCGCUGCAGCAUAUUUGUCGGUUCCUGCUAUUGAAACAUGUUCGUUACGACCAUAUUGACUCACUCCCCCUGCCCAAUAGGGUGAAGGCAUAUUUAAGAGAACCGCAGUAUUAUGCGGAAUAUUUACGCAAUGAGGACCAGGAGACAGAUGAUGAUGAAUGAAGUAUUUCCAAGUGUGUUUCCAAAAAAGCUUUCUGUUGAAUGCUGUUGGGAAUGUAUAAUCUGUAGUACACUCCAGGGGUUUCAUUAGCAUAGGCAUCCGGUGAUAUUCCAUAACUGUUUUCAAUAAAGUCACCCACUCGUUGUUUUAAGGAACUUCACAACAGUACUAUUUUUUAUAUUGAAUUGUGCUAUUGUUCUCAUUCAAUAUGCCUAUUGUCAGAAUUUCUGAUGAAACCCCUGUAGUCUGUCAUCAAAUCUCCCAAACCUGCACCAAUAUCAGUUCCCUUUUGCUGUGUAUGUGCUAUGUUACUGGGGGAAUAUAAUAAAGAGAUGAUUUUUUAAGAGUCUCUUCAUAAAAACAGAAUGACUAAGUUGUCUUCCCAGUAUCAUACUGCCCCAAGAUUUUGACUCAGCCUGCUUCAUUAACUUUGGGAAUUUUUACUUUAUCAGCCAUGUUAUUUGUGGUUAUGCGCUAGACUGUCAAGGAAGAAGUUAGCAUGACAUACUGUUUAUGUGUAUAUUUAGGUAAUAUUGUGUCCCUACAGUGCAGUUUGUAAUUAACUUAGCUAAAUGCAUUGCAAUUUAUUUACUGGUAUACAUAACAUAAAAAUAGUAAACAUCAAUAUCUUGUACAUUUAUUAAAUAUUAGUAAUAUAUUUUUGGUUUUGAACAAAUACUUCUGUAAUUCUUGAUUUUGUUUAACCAAUGUUAUGUGAAUGAGGGCAAUAAAAUGUGUGCACACUGAACUCAUGCCAUGUCCAACUGUGAUUGAUUGAUCUAUAAACGUGAUCUGGUGUCCAGUCCUCUUAACCCAAUACUAUCUAAAAUGUAGUUCAUACAAUAUACAUGUAAAGUUAUAUAAUGAUUAUGAUUGUUCUAUUUUUAUCAAAAUAUAUAAUUCACAAUAACACAUAUGCAGCAUAUGCCUUAUUUUUGUGUCUAGCGG